AAGUGUAACCAAAUCCCACACGUAACUCACAAAGUAAAAUUGAAUAAUCAAUAUAAAUAAACUAGGAAAAUACCUUUGACAAGUUCAUAUCAUAUUUUUCUAAUUCCAGAAAUUGAAAGCUUGAAACUUUACAAAAUAUGUCAACAAAAAGCUCAUGGAUGACUCUGAAAUUCAGAGGUGUUGUUGAUGUGAUUCGCGCUAGCAGAUUCCAACUAAGCCAUGGUGGUGGAUUCAAAAGAAACACUCCAAUUGUGACAGUAUCUAAGGUUGGAAAUAGUUAUUGGAUGCAACCUGGUAUACAAUUCUUCAGCACCAAAAGAAACACAAGCACUCACGCAAAUAGAUUAAAGAAUGAUGAGGCUCAACCUGAAGCUCCGGAUUCUAAAAUUUUCGCCUUUACUUCAUGGGUUAAAUGGGUUUUGUGUUCUUUACUUUCUUUCAUGCUACCUUUCUGGAGACAAAAUUGGGCAAAACUACAAAGAAUAGAAGAAGAGGCAGAGUUUGUGAUUGAAGAGGCUGAAAAAGUUGCAGAAGUAAUAGAAAAAGUGGCUGAAGAAGCAGAGAAGGUAAGUGAAAACAUAGCAGAAAAGCUUCCAGAGGAUGCAAAGUUAAAGAAAGCAGCAUUGGUUGUUGAAAAUGUAUCAAAACAAGUUGCCCAUGAUGCACAGAUAACAGAACAGUUCAUACACAAGAUUGAAGAAGUUGCUGAUGACAUUGAAGAUUUAGAAUCAUUUGUGGAACGAGUAAUUGACAAGAUCGUAAAGAAAAAAGAUACUGGAAAGAACUGAUUCCUGUUAAAUUAUAUAAUAUAUUAUAUGUACAGAAUUAAUUUAAUUCAAUUGAUAUGUAACGAAUUUCACAAUGGUAUGAAAGUGUUGAAUACAUUUCAAA